UAAAAACCAAUGUUCAGACUGUAAGAGGGUCGCAUUAUUUGAAUUUAUGAUAAUACUAUACAUGGUGUUUCCUAAGUAAUCUAUAAUAUCGUAGAAGACGUUUCGUCCCUUUGUUUCAAAUCGAAAAGUUUCUAUAAAACAUGUAUGAAGUCUUGUCGUUAAUGAGAUACAGGGUGGUGAAUGGUGAAUUGUUUGGUUUACUAGCGAUCUUAAGAAAACUGCGUACGGCUCCAGAAAAAGAACUUAGAUUGCUGCUUCUUGGAUUGGAUAAUGCUGGUAAAACUACAAUUUUAAAAACUUUAGCUUCGGAAGAUAUCAGCAACAUCACACCAACUGCGGGUUUCAAUAUAAAAUCUGUGAAUACUGACGGUUUUAAACUAAAUGUCUGGGAUAUUGGUGGACAAAGGAAGAUAAGACCGUAUUGGAAAAAUUACUUCGAAAAUACUGAUGCAUUGAUAUAUGUGGUAGAUUCUGCCGAUAAAUUACGCCUCGAAGAGACGGGAAUAGAACUUUACGAACUACUUAGUGAUGAUAAACUUCAAGAUGUUCCGCUGCUGGUUUAUGCUAAUAAACAAGAUCUUCCCGAAUCAUUAACAGCCGCUGAAAUUGCUCGAACUUUGGGGCUGCCUACAAUCAAGGAUAGAUCUUGGCAAAUUCAAGCUUGCACAGCCAUUCAAGGAAUCGGAGUCCGAGAUGGAAUGGAAUGGGUUUGUAAAAAUAUCAAAAAGAAGUGAAAAUAAUUAAUCUACAACAGCAGCUUAGUAAAUGAAUAAAAAUGCAAUGUCGAAAGUUACUUUUAUAUUUAAUAAAUACAAGCG